AAACAUACGGAGGCACCGUGUUAGCACGUAGGUCAAGUUACGAUACUCUGCGCGCAUUCAGUUCGCGGGGAGCGCUCGUGCAGUGCGCGUUGUUGUCCCGUGUUCCUCUAGAUGGUUGAUCACGUGGGAAACAUUGCGCCGAGUUUUCGCGAUUCCGUGGCGGAGAAGGGCCGAGGGAAAGGGAAUAAAUGUGUGCGAGUCCGUAAUGGACAACCCUAGCGGCGGAAGAGAUAGUCGGUACGCAAGUCUUGGAUACAGCAUGGGGAUGAUAGGCAGCGACGCUGGCUCGGAAAUGUACGGCCGACCGUCCACCUCCCAACUUACUUCUCAAAUAAGCCGCGGUGGCGCCACCAUGAUGGCCGCGGCAGCCGCUGCAGGCGCACCGAACGCCGGCGUGGGAUCUGUACAAAGGGGUAUCAAGAGGACCACUUCGGACGUUUGUUACGAUGACAGCAAUGCACGGCAAGCUCUUUCGCAACAACAAGGCAUGUCAAUGUCUACUGAUUGUGUUCCUGAUAAUCUUGAGGAAUCAUUUACAAGUUUGGGUCAACCGAAAAAGUCACCUCCCUCAAAUGGUAAAAAGACCAAAGGACGGGUCAAAAUUAAAAUGGAGUACAUCGAUAAUAAACUACGAAGGUACACUACCUUCUCCAAGAGGAAAACUGGAAUUAUGAAGAAGGCGUACGAGCUGUCGACAUUGACAGGUACACAAGUGAUGCUGCUCGUGGCAAGCGAGACCGGCCACGUGUACACAUUCGCGACACGGAAACUGCAGCCGAUGAUAACGAGCGAAGCCGGGAAAGCGUUGAUCCAAACCUGCCUGAACAGCCCGGACCCGCCCGCCUCCGGUUCCUCCGGCGACCAGAGGAUGUCCGCGACCGGGUUCGAGGAGACAGAAUUGACCUACAACAUAGCCGACGACGAGCAGAAAGAAGACGGCACUUCACCUAGGUCGGACGUGUGCGCGAAUGAAAGCGACGGAGACACCAGUGAUGGCGAUUCUCCCGUGUCGAAGGAUCUCUCGAAAAAUCACUCGGGUAUAAUGUACCAGAUGCCACAGACAGUGAUUUACUCGCCGAGUCCAGGGGUUCUACUCGGUAUCGGUCAAAAUGGCCAGCCGGUGCAAAUAUCUCAAGAAGGAGGCACGGUUGCCCCGGUUAACACGACCCAGAGCAAUCAACAGCCGUUCAUCACGAUACCGUUGAACGUGGCGAUGAGCGCCGCCGGAUUGUCGCUUCCGGUCACUUCCAGGAUGAAUCUAUCUCCGUCGCCUCGUUCACCGACGACCACGGCAACGGCUACCGCGUCCAACUGCGAGCUGCCAUCGGAUCUGAGCAAAGAUCGUGAGUGAUAUAUCGUGGAUCGAGCCUCGAAAUUAAGAAAAAACCCUCCUCGCGAUACCCGGUCGCUCGCAACUGAAACGCUUCACCCGAACCCGAGAUUGGACCGGCCAUCUUUCUUCCGAUCCAAUCGUUUCGAGGUUGAAUCGUAUCGAGAGAACUCGAAAAUCGUCGAGAGAUCGAGGGAGAAGCGUUCACGCGAUGUUCCCGACGAAUGUUCGUGCGAUUGGUAUACGGUGUUGGAAUUAUGGCUGCCAAAUUCGAUGCUCAACAAAGGAUGGCAAACGAGCCCAUCGAACUUUUGAUACGAACGUUUGUUGCAAAAAACUUGAGGCGAGGGUUUAUAUACACAAUGAUUUGAUAUCGGUUAGAAUUUUCUUUCUUCUGGCGUGUGAACCGUGUCCAACGGGAAUUUUUAUUAAAGCUGUAGCUUAUCUCUUCGUGGAUCAUUGCGCGUCAUUUGAUUUCUCUCGAAGAAGUUAUUUGUAUUAUGUUGGCGAAAAAUUUCUAUUGGACGCGAUUGUUAUGCAUUCUGUGGAUAUAAUUACACGAGUUAAUAUUCUUUUUUUUUUUUUUAGCGAGAUAAUAAAUAAUUUGAUCUUUGAUCAGACAUGAAUCAAUUUGUUGUCAUUUUAAAGAAGAUAAAAAUUUUAUUUACGGUAAUAUCGCGGUAAUUUCGUUCAACUUUGUGUGUGAAAAUGCAAAUAUUUAAGAAAUAGAAAUCUAAAAGCGUUGAUUUAUAUUAAAUAUCGAUAAAACGUUAAAGAAAUUUCGCUGUCAGUUUAGAAAUUUAUUGAUACAAAAUGAAUCUUAAAAUUCCCUUUUCUACUUUUUGUAUUUUCAAUAAACAAAAAUGACUCUUGUAUAAAAUUGAAACUUUUAUAUCUUCUUUACAUUCAUCGUAACGUUUCAACGCUUUUGCGAGCAUGAAGGUUUGAAGUGAACAUUUUCUCCGAUAUUACCGAUAUUCUUAUUCUCUAAUAUUCGUUUAUUAUCGUACGAGUUUAUCGAAAAAUCUCGAACUUUUAUCGACAUCCUCUUUUGCACUCGCGAUAACCGACGGCAAUAUACGUUUCGAUGCGAAGAAGCUCGCCGCCAUCAUCUCGAGAUGAUGUUAAAGGAUAUUAAAAUUAAAAAAUCUUAUCCAUCUUUAUUUUCUUCCAGAGAAAUAGAAGGAUACAAUGUUCUCUAUAAUAUUUACACGAAUAUUAUCCGUGGAUAAUCGUAUCUGAAUAAGAUCAUAAUAAUUGUGAUCGUAUUCACGAUUACAAUCACAAAAUUGAUCAUUUUUUUAUUACGAGCUUCUUAAUUUUUAAAAGUUACCAAUUGUAUAUCGAAAAAAUAAAUGAAUAUUGCUAUUAAUCGAGUGCAAAGGUGGAGAAGGAUUUGUGGAUUUUUAUUCAUACGUACGAUUUUAUACCUACGAUGUAAAUUAAAAUUAAUUCGAGAUAGGUUGUGGUAUGAUAUAUAUAUAAUAAUCAAUGCGAAUUAUAUAUAUAUAUAUAUAUAUAUAUAUAUUUUUCAUUAAUGCUGGGCUUCGUUUGGCCGGCAUUUAAUCGAUACUGGUGCAAUACUAGUCGAACGUUCUGUCCGAUAUAUAAUUGUUCCACGAAACAACUGUUUGUACUUUCCUCGUAGAAUUCACCCUUUUCCAGAGAUAUUCAAUGUUUCGUUGAUUAUUAAUUAAAGAGAUUCGUGAAAGGGAUCACGAUAUUUUUUCAACGUUAACAUAAAAUGAGUAGAGUCGUUUAGAGAUUGGCGAAUGAGUCGUAUUUGGGCGCACAAUUGUUGUGAAAAUUGAACGAUAGUAAUUAUGAGAUUAAAUUAAAGCAACGAUGAAAGAUCGAAAAAUUUUUGCGGUGAUAUAUUUUAUAAACGAUCCGAAUUUUCUAUGUCCUCGAAGUGUAUUGAAUAAUUCGAACGUCGUUUCGAACUCCAGUUUCGAUCAGAGACAAAAAUCGAUCUCACGAUUACAAGAACAACUUUGAACAAAAGAGACAAUUGGUAUGAAGAAAUUCUUUAUAAAUAUUUUUUUAAAGAAAAGAAUUGGAAAAAUGAUUUGAAAAUACGUUAGGUGUAUAUUAUAGAAAUAAGCAUAUCGUUACUUUAUUCAGAGACUGGAAUUCUAAAACGAAAUUAUUCGUAGAAUGAUGGAUCGUUAUGGAAUGAAACGUUUAUGGAAUUAAUUGUUCGAUGUGGUACCAUUCGAUUGCAACAAUUUGUUCAAUCCUAAAAAAAAAAUGAAAGUUCAAAUUGUUCGAUAAUUGUUUUUAAAGUAUGAAAGAAUAGGUAAAAGUUAUCGAAGAUGAUGAUUCGUGGGACGACGAUGACUUCUCAAUCGUACAGGGUGCUUUUAAAAUAUAAUCUAUAAGCUGGCGUUAUCGUUUUUUUGGACUCUAUAGGGGAGAGAAACUAUUAGAAUAUAUUUUUUAACACGGAAGUGCGAUUAACUAAUUGGUUUAUUCCGAUUGCACGUUAAAUUUGACCGAAAACCGUUUUUUUUUUUUUAUUUAUUUAGCUUUUAUUUCGGGCAAUAUAAGGAGAAUACAUGUACGUACGAUGUAUUCGUGAUGAUAAUGCAAAUUGCAUGGAAAUUUCUUGAAUUCUUUGUAAAUUAGUUAUACGUAUAAUGACAUAGGUAAUAAUAAUAAUAAUAAUAAUAGGUACCCACAUAUUUCGAAAUCGAUAUAAUCGGAUAUAAUUAACCAAAUUGUUCAAUUGGUCAGUGAUAAUGUUGGCAAUCGUAAUUGUUUGUUUAUACGAUUAUGAUGAUUAAUAAUUAACCGUAAAAAUAGUAAUAAGCACGCAUUAUUUGUCAGCCAAGUUGAUUUAACAGUAUUUUUAAUCACAAUCUCUAUUUUACACGAUAUGGAAAUAAAUUAUCAGCUUGUGAUAGAUAAA